AAAACCCUUGAAGUUAACAAAAAAGAUGGAAAUACCCCUGACUUAACAUAGAAAACUGGAUGGAGUUAACGAGCUGGAUGAAAAUGGCAAGAUUUCAAACCUUUUGGAUCCAGCCUCAAAGUCACCUUCAAACACAGAUGCAGCCUGCCAUCCAGUCUUCAUCGUAUCAAAACACAGGGGUUGCAGAGCAUCAGAAUAUGCAGGGCUAUGGCUAUGCACAAAUGCCUGUGGCUGGUGGCUCGAUGAAUGAUUCUGCACGCUGUCAGCAGGGGAUGCAGGGACCUCAGGACUGGAUGUGGAAGAAUAAGACAACAGGUCCUGGGGCUUAGGCAAGAGCUGUUGUCCAAAAAGCUUGCGGCUUAGAGCUCGCUCGGAUAUAGCUUGGGAAAAGCUCACUCGAUAUGGCUCGAUUUGAAACUGACCCGAGUUGGCUCGACUCGAUUAGAAAGUGAGCCAGGCUUGGCUUGGCUCGGCUCGUAACGAGUAGGAUUGGCUCGCUCGUUGGCUUUGAUUAUUUUACUUUUAAAAUAUGUUAUUUUUGUAUACAUUAUAACAUAUUACAAAAAAGCCGAUUAUUAUUUUCAUAUAUUAAGAGUGCAAAUGGAUAUUUGUGACA